GCUCGAGAGCGAGAUAGAGAUAGUUUGGAGACGAAAUCUAGACACGAAUUCCACUCGUCUUGCGUCCCUAAUUUAGAGAAGUGUAUGCAUUGAGGGGUCCGCGCGCCUAUCCAGGUGGAAUUCCGCGAGGAGCUGGGACUAAACUAACUGUCUCGAGUGGUGAACUCGCUUCAGGACAGGUGAAAUCCCCUGCGGGCAGCGCGAGAGUAAUGAAAGUUAGAGGAUCUUUUCAUUCUAUGAGGGCAUGGAGAAAUGCCGGUAUUGUCAGUUUACACGGCGGACAGGCCCCUUCCCAUUCUGAGUGAGAAUUAAUGGCGUGUGCUUUCAAGAAAUUCUCAAUUUACACGAGAAGAACAGGGUAUAUCAACUUAUCCAUUCUUCGCAUGGUUCGGUGAAGGAAUUCGGGAACUGUCUGAAGUGCAUUGGAUUCAGUUUGUAACUGAGAAGUGUCGCACUCAUUUCACUUGACGCGUGGCCACAGCGCGCGUGAAGGGUGUUUUAGAUGAAAAGCCAAACCAUGACAAAUAGACGAAAGGGAAAUCCUUCUAUAUGCUGGGUUUGAUGGACCGAUGUGACAGUAAAGGAAUGAUAGCCUAACAUUUAACAAAAGGAGGGGGAGAGAGAGAGAACACACAAUGAAGGAGAAAUCCAAAACUGCCGCAAGGACUAGACGGGAAAAGGAGAACAGUGAAUUCUAUGAACUAGCCAAAAUGUUGCCUUUACCCUCUGCUAUCACGUCGCAGCUGGACAAAGCGUCUAUAAUAAGACUGACAACAAGUUAUCUGAAGAUGAGAAUUGUCUUCCCUCAGGGUUUGGGUGAAGCUUGGGGUCACACGAGUCGAACGAGAUCUUUGGACAAUGUAGGACGUGAGCUGGGAUCCCAUCUUCUCCAGGUGGGAUCCCACAUCCUCCAGACAUUGGACGGCUUCAUAUUUGUAGUGGCGCCAGACGGAAAGAUCAUGUACAUCUCUGAGACAGCAUCAGUCCAUUUGGGACUCUCUCAGGUAGAGCUGACCGGGAACAGUAUUUACGAAUAUGUCCACCCCGCCGACCACGACGAAAUGACUGCAGUUCUCACCCCACAUCAGCCGUACCACUCACAUUUCGUCCAAGAAUAUGAGAUGGAGCGCUCUUUCUUCUUGAGGAUGAAAUGCGUGCUGGCAAAGAGAAACGCAGGCCUUACCAGCGGUGGAUAUAAGGUCAUUCACUGCAGCGGUUACCUAAAGAUCCGUCAGUACAGCCUGGACAUGUUGCCUUAUGACGGCUGCUACCAGAACGUGGGCCUGGUGGCAGUGGGACACUCUUUGCCUCCCAGCGCGGUGACCGAGAUCAAGCUGCACAGCAACAUGUUCAUGUUCAGAGCCAGCCUUGAUAUGAAGCUAAUCUUCCUCGACUCGAGGGUGGCAGAGCUGACUGGUUACGAGCCCCAGGACCUCAUUGAGAAGACCCUGUACCACCACGUCCACAGCUGUGACACCUUCCACGUGCGCUGUGCCCACCAUCUGUUGCUGGUGAAGGGCCAGGUGACCACUAAGUACUACCGUUUCCUAGCCAAACAGGGAGGCUGGGUGUGGGUGCAAAGCUACGCCACCAUUGUCCACAACAGCCGCUCCUCCAGACCCCACUGCAUCGUCAGCGUCAACUACGUUCUUACAGAUACUGAGUAUAAGGGAAUGCAGCUGUCCUUGGACCAGAUGACCCCUAGCAAGCCAGCGUUCCCCUACAACAGCCCUCCGAGUAGUACAGAGGAGAGGAAGGGGACCAAAUCCCGUGUGACACACAACAAGGCCAAAGUCAGAGUGUCUCCCUACCCACAGCAGUUUUCAGCCUUUCACCCCGAGCGUUCCGAGUCCGACCAGGACAGCCAAUGGGGAGGCAGCCCUGUGACAGAAUCUGCCUCCCCUCAGCUGCUGGACCAAGGGGAGGGAGCGGAGGGCGGUGCCUGUGCCUACAGACUCUACCCCGACUCAGGCUCCCUCUGCUAUGGCCUGGCUCUCUCUGAGGAGGACCUCACGCACAGCCACACCCACUCCCACCAUCCUGCUACCGCCUGCGACCGCGGUGCCCGCUGCCAGGCUGGCCACUACUUCUUGGGCGCUGCUCCCCAAUCUGGACGGGAGGCCUGGUGGGACGCAACGCGCUCCGUCCUCUCCCUGCCCAAGUCAUCUUUGGAGAACGGCGAGGGCUACGACCUCACUUCCUACCACAGCGUGGUCCAUGGAAGGGGUCACUGGGACGAAGAGAGCGUGGUCAGCUCACCAGAAGGGGGCGGCGGCUCCACUGGCAGCGACCAUUUCCGGGCGAGCCCUCAGGAGCCCAGCAAGAUGGAGACUCUGAUCCAUGCCACGCAGCAAAUGAUCAAGGAGGAAGAGAGCCAUCUGCAGCUGCACAAGGGGCCACUGGACGCCCUGGGCCCAGUGGGGGGCCUCUCCAACAACAGCCACAGCCCCUGCUCCUUCACCCCCUCCUCCCUGCCCCUCCCUCAGGCCACCAUGCCUGGCGUGGUGUGCCGCGGCCCGGGGGUCGCCAGCGGCAUCAACCUCACCCUCACCUCCGAGCGCUUCAAUCACCGCGAUGAUGGCGGCAAGGUUUUGGGUUCCCACGGCAACAUCGACAACAACACAGCCAGUCCGGUGUCUCUGUCGUGCCUCAGCAGCCCCAGCUCCGACGGGAUCCCCAGGUCAGGCCUGUCUGUCUCAAAAGACUACCUGCAGGGUCAGACGGACGUCUCGCCCCACCACCACCCUCCAGGGCAACAGGGAAGCCCAAUGCUUUACCCAGCCCAGGAGAUGCAGCCCCUGGACAGGCAUGCUGCCUACGCCCUGACCGGCUAUUCUCUGGAGCACCUGUAUGACGCGGAGAGCCUGAGGAGCUACUCGGGGCUGGGCUGCGGAGGGGCCCAGUACGACAUGGUGCCACACAUGAGGAUGCAGGCCGACCAGAUGCAAGGACACAAGGGCACAUCGGUGAUCAUCACCAAUGGGAGCUGACCGUACGUAACGGACAUACAGACAGACCAAUCCUAGUGUCUCAAUAGUGGAGUGUAUGUGGGACUUAUGAACUGAUUCCUCCUCAUACAGUUUAUUUUUGUUUAUUUUUUGUGCCUGACAUAGGGGUUAGGAUAUUCCCCAUAACACAGGUCUGCUCUGUUACACUUUACUGUGCCCAUGAGAACCCAGGCCCAGCAAGCAAAACUCGUUGCAAUGACGUCAGGCUGGCAGCUUUUGUUAUGCCUUAGUCAAGUUGUAUACUGAUUAUAAAAGGACGUUGUUUCAAUGUCUUUUUACCGACCAGAAAAAUAAGUAUUGAACUGGUUGUAAUUUGGUUACUUACUUAAAUUGUAACCAAAAUAGGACAUCUUUCCCAUAUGUCUUGAUGUUGUCAUUAAAAAUACAUCUUAACUUGUAAUUUUGUUAUCUGACGUCUACAAAACCAGUUUAUAACCAGAAACUGACGUAAUUAUGACGUUCCAUGCCAAAUUUUGCCCUCUGGGCAAUUGAAUUCCUCCCCUGCAUUGAACUGAGACGCUGUGGAAUGACUAUUCAAGUUUUCAGUGAGUUUUCCCCUUGGUUAAAGAUAAACCCAAUGUUUUAGUCCCAACAUAGUGUCACGCACCAGUAAGUAGGCCUAUCGGAGUGAACUCUGUCACAUUUUCCCAUGGUAGUAGACAAAAUGCAAUUCUAUUGCAUACACCCCCUUGACCUCAAACCUCUCUCACAAAUACUUCAAAAUUACAUUUAUUAAUUGUGUCGAAUAAUGUAAUGUUUGCGGUCAAAGUACAGCAUGUGGUGGCAGGGUUGCUUUAGUUUCAAAGUUUGCAUUAUCUGUGUACCCCUUUGAAGCAUAAUAUAUUAUUUGCCAAAUUUCCCCUGUUAGUAGAAGUCCUAAAGGGAUACUGCGAGAUUUUGGCAAUUCAGUUUUUCUACUUACCCAGAGCGUAUGCUAGUGUAUGCUACUGUACCUGUAGACUUCCAGUCAUUGCGCUAAAGCUAGUUAGCAUUGGAUCGCGAAACUACCUCUAACUUCCUUCUUACUGCACGCAGAGACAUAAAAAUGGUAUCCACAAGUUCAUCUGACUCUGGGUAAGUCAAAAGAUUCAUUGACAGAAUCUCGCAGUAUUCCUUUAAGGCAUGACAUCAAUGUUAUCACUUUAAACUUCUGGUGCUUCUUCACGUGUUUGAAUUUAUAAAAUGAUAUUGUUCUGUUUCACUUUUCGUACCCCGAAAUAUGUAAAGUAUCUCUUGUCUAAUUUUAUUUAUGAAGUAAAUAUGUUCAGAAAUUGCUUUCUUUUUUUGGACAACAGGUCAUAAGUGUAUUUAUUAACUGGGGACGAAACAUCUUUUGAUUCUAAAUACAUGUGCAAUCAAACCCUCUUUGAUGUCGUGGUUUUAAUUUAGUCUUUAAUGUGUGGGAGGACUCGGUUUGAUCAAAC